CGUACAUUAUCCAAAAGAAAGAGGAAGAAGAAGAGGAGGAGGAAGAAAGGAAGGAAGAAAGAAGAUGUUAGGAUUCUCGAAAGCAGAGUCAAAAUCAAAAUCCUAAAACUCCAGAAUGCUAACCCAUGUAAAAGGUCCACUUCCCCCAACUCCACCAACCCUACCACAUCCUAAUUGGAACACCACCGUCCUCCGAUUCACCGCUCCCCUCGCCCUUACCACAUCCACUUGCCGUAUAGCAACCACUGCGGCAGCGAUUCUCGCAGCUGCAGCCGUGAUUGCUUCGCCUCCCCCGUCUGCCGCCACCGAGACCAGCGCUACCUUAUCAGAACAACAAGAAGAAAGUAGUACGCUGUCGAACAUUCCGCAGACUCUUUCCGGCGAGUGCGCGCAGCCGAGCGACUGCAAGAAGGCGAGAAUUCAACGGCCGAAGUCGAGGAAGGCGGAAUCUUGCACGAUAAAGUGCGUGGGAACUUGCAUUAGAGGCGGCGAUGGAUCUCCCGGAGAAGGGCCUCUGAACAUCAGGAGACCAAUUGUUGUUUUCAAGCAAGGGUUUCGAAGUCGUCAAUACUGUUUGGUGGAAUGUUCAGAUAUAUGCAAUUUGAUCGGAGAUGGUGAUGAUGGACCUUAACAACAUUUUUCUCUUUCUUUUUUCUAUAUUUCUCCUCACAUUUCUUUUUUCUCUUUCCUUUAUUUCAUUCAUGAAAUAAAUUUUAUGUCAUUCUUUUUCCCCUAAAAACAAUUCCUUCCAAAUGCUGGAUUACUUUAAUUACAAUAUAAUAUUUUAAUACUAAUUCAAGCAUUACAAUCACUAA